AUGGACGUCGUCGCGGCGGUGUCUGGGUACAUAUCCAAGAUGGUCACCGCUGGUGAUCCAUCGGCUUCGGGCUCUUCAUCCUCCAAGAUGAAGAUCUUGCUUCUUGAUAGUGAGACAGUGCCUAUCGUAUCGACCGCAAUCACACAGUCUGCCCUCUUGAACCAUGAGGUAUACCUGAUCGACCGACUGGAUAACGCUGCCCGGGAACGGAUGCGACACCUACGCUGUCUCUGUUUUGUGCGACCGUCCCCUACCUCCAUCCAAUUGCUUAUCGACGAGCUACGCGAACCGAAGUACGGCGAAUAUUACAUCUAUUUGAGCAAUAUCAUCCGGAAGUCCUCCCUCGAACGCCUGGCUGAAGCUGACGUCCAUGAAGUGGUGCGGGUGGUUCAAGAACAUUUUGCGGACUUUCUCGUGAUCAAUCCCGACCUCUGCUCUUUGAAUCUAGGGUACCCCGAACAACGACUUUGGGCCAAUUCGCCCGAUGUGUGGAAUGCAGAUGCCUUGCAGAGAACCACAGAAGGGGUGAUCGCAAUGCUUCUUUCUCUUAAAAAGAAUCCUUUGAUUCGAUACGAGAAGAAUAGUUUAUUGGCAAAGAAGCUGGCUACGGAGGUUCGGUAUCAACUCACGCAGGAGGAGCAGCUCUUCAACUUCCGCAAGACCGAUACCCCUCCGAUUCUUAUGAUUCUCGAUCGCCGCGAUGACCCUAUCACUCCGCUCCUCACCCAGUGGACAUAUCAAGCGAUGGUGCACGAGCAGAUCGGAAUUCACAAUGGACGGGUGGACCUCCGAGACGUGCCCGAAAUUCGGCCCGAGUUACGGGAAAUCGUCCUUUCGCAAGAUCAGGACCCAUUCUUCAAGAAGAAUAUGUACCAGAACUUUGGAGAUCUUGGCCAGAAUAUCAAGGAGUACGUUGAACAGUACCAGGUUAAGACUAAGAACACCAUGAAUAUUGAUUCUAUUGCGGAUAUGAAACGUUUCGUGGAGGACUAUCCUGAGUUCCGGAAACUAUCUGGAAACGUGAGCAAGCAUGUCACCUUGGUUGGGGAACUUAGUCGACGAGUGGGAGAAGAAGACCUUCUCGAUGUGAGUGAACUGGAACAAAGCUUGGCUUGCAGCGAUAACCACAGUAACGACCUGAAGAAUCUUCAACGAAUCAUUCAAUUACCUUCUGUCCCAGCUGAAAAUAAGCUCCGCUUAGUGGCAUUGUAUGCUAUUCGAUACGAGAAGCAGCCAUCAAACUCCCUUCCAAUUCUUCUCGACCUGUUGGUAACGGCAGGCAAUGUGCCUUCGCGUCUUGUCAAUAUCAUCCCCAAGCUGCUCGCUUAUCACCACUCCCUUCAGGCUCCACCCAUUGCGGGCGGCUUCUCGGACCUGUUCGAAUCUACGUCGCUCUUCUCCGGCGCUCGGGACAGAUUCAAAGGAUUGAAAGGAGUGGAGAACGUCUACACCCAGCACUCCCCGCGGUUAGAAGCUACGCUCCAGAAUCUGAUCAAAGGCAGACUGAAGGAGCUCCAGUAUCCAUUUCUGGAGGGGGUGGGUCAUAUUCGGGACAAACCUCAAGAUAUCAUUAUUUUCAUGGUGGGCGGGGCAACGUAUGAAGAGGCCAAAAUGGUGGCCCAGGUCAAUGCCAGUUCACCGGGAGUCCGGGUCGUUUUAGGUGGCACAGGCAUUCACAAUAGCAAGAGCUUCCUAGAGGAAGUUGAUGAUGCUGUAAGCGGCUGGCCUGAACCUACCCCUUCCACCGCCGCUGGACGGCUUCGGAGAGAGAUCGGGCGCUAGAUUUUAGCCUACUUUGCUCCAAUUCUUUUUUUUUUUUUUUUUUUUUUUUU